CCAACGAAAAUUCGCAGACACUUCCCGGAAACUUCAAAGAUUCGUUUCUAAACGAAAAAGAAUUCAGAUUUUUCUAUGAAACCCAUCACAUUUCACUUUCCCGCUCCCUUUCCAUCCCAUCUUUCCCUCUUUCCUCUCUAAAGAAAACAAAAGCUUUGUGGGGUUUCCGUUAUUCUCUCUUUUUCACGGAAUACAAAAACAAAUCUCUCUUUGGCAAAGGUAGUUUCUUGCUGGUUGUAAGUAGUGACGGAGAAGGUGGGUGUUGGUGAAGAUGCAAACCGGGUAUGUUGAGAGAUCGAAUAGUAUGGCGGCGGCGGCGAGAGGGAAGAGAGGACUUGAUUCAAGUGAUGAUGAAGGCCAGCCUGAUAGAAAAAGGCCUGCUUUAGCUAGUGUAAUUGUUGAAGCUCUCAAGGUGGAUAGUUUGCACAAGCUUUGCUCAUCGUUGGAGCCUAUUCUUCGGCGAGUUGUUAGCGAAGAAGUAGAGCGAGCAUUAGCAAAACUGGGCCCUGCCAAACUUACUGUACGGUCUUCUCCUAAACGUCUAGAAGGGCCUGAUGGAAGAAACUUGCAGUUGCACUUCAGGUCCAGGUUGUCCCUCCCUCUCUUUACUGCUGGGAAAGUGGAAGGGGAGCAGGGUGCGGCUAUUCAUAUUGUGUUGAUUGAUGGAAAUACGGGCCGUGUUGUCACGUCUGGUCCAGAAUCUUCAGUAAAACUAGAUGUUAUUGUGCUUGAAGGUGAUUUCAACAAUGAAGAUGAUGAUAAUUGGACCCGGGAGGAAUUUGAGUCUCAUGUGGUUAAAGAACGUGAGGGAAAGAGACCACUUCUAGCUGGGGAUCUGCAAGUGACACUGAAAGAAGGUGUUGGAACGCUAGGCGAGCUGACAUUUACUGACAACUCAAGCUGGAUAAGGAGCAGGAAGUUCAGGCUAGGGCUGAAGGUUGCCUCAGGCUGUUGUGAAGGCAUUCGCGUUCGUGAAGCAAAAACAGAUGCCUUCACUGUUAAGGAUCACCGUGGAGAAUUAUACAAGAAGCACUAUCCACCUGCAUUAACCGAUGAGGUUUGGAGAUUGGAAAAGAUUGGAAAAGAUGGGUCAUUUCACAAGAGGCUGAACAAAGCUGGAAUAUAUUCAGUUGAAGACUUCCUCCGCCUAGUAGUUAGAGACUCGCAGAGGUUGCGAACUAUUCUUGGAAGUGGCAUGUCAAAUAAAAUGUGGGAUGUUCUUGUUGAGCAUGCAAAGACAUGUGUUCUGAGUGGGAAACUUUAUAUCUACUAUCCUGAGGAUGAGAAAAAUGUUGGCGUUGUUUUCAACAAUAUUUAUGAAUUGAGUGGUUUAAUUGCCAACGGACAGUACUACUCAGCUGACUCUCUUUCUGACAAUCAGAAGGUCUAUGUUGACAGCUUGGUGAAGAAGGCUUAUGAUAAUUGGAUGCAUGCUAUAGAGUAUGAUGGCAAAUCCCUUCUAGACUUCAAGAUGAAUCAGGGCAUAGAUGCUUUACAAAACGAGGUUCCAUCUGUUCAACAAGAGUUUUUGAACUCAUAUGAUCAUCAGGUUACUUUACCGACCAUAUCAGUUCCAGUCCCUUCAGAGCAGCCUGUGAUGGACUCAGGUCUAACUGUUGGAGGUUAUAAUGAUGAUAUGGCUACCAGAUUCUCAAUGCAUCCACAGAAUGGAAAUCUCAACACCUCUUUUCAAUUUGAUACCACUUCAUUACCUUCACAGAAUCCUCUGGUCCAUACUUCACAGCAAAUCCAGGUUCCAGGAUCUGACAAUUUACCUGCUCUUGGCCCUCCACAGACUUCUACACCAGGCUUUCAGAGUUUUGGCUCAUCGAAUCUUAAUUCAUACAAGGGAAUUGAGGAUUUCUUCUCAGAAGAGGAGAUUCGUACGAGAAGUCAUGAGAUGCUUGAAAAUGACGAUAUGCAGCAUCUUCUUCGCAUAUUUAACAUGGGAGGCCAGGGUCUAGCCUCCUUUAAUGCCACCGAAGAUGGGUACCCUUUCUCGUCAACAAACAUGCCUACCGCACCUCCAAAUUACAGCUUUGGUGAUGAUCCAUCUCGUUCAUCAGGCAAAGCUGUUGUCGGAUGGCUCAAGCUCAAGGCAGCCCUGAGAUGGGGCAUCUUUGUCAGGAAGAAGGCUGCUGAGAGGCGAGCACAGCUCAUAGAGUUAGAUGAUUCUUAGAUAGGCAAUAGGGCAAUGUUGAUCUGGUUUGGGUGUUAACAGGCUUCCUGCCCAUUUCCUAGCUCACUAGAGCAGACACUGUUGUUUUGCCUCAUAAUAUUGGGCAGGCUCUUUUGUUCAAGGUUCUGCUGCUCUUAGACAUCAUUCUAGAUGUCCAAGGAUCUUAGUGUUUCUACAUUCCUCUACUGUACAGUAAGCCAACUUCCUCCAUCAACAGCUGUCCUGCAGUUGCCCCUUCUCGAUCCCCUUGGUGAAGUUGCUUACCUUCCAGUCCAGCACUCUAACGGUAGUGAAUUCUGAAGGUUGACGGAGUUGAGCUGUUUCUAUUGACGAUAUUUUUGGAUGGUGGAGACUUCUAAUAUUUCGGCCAUCCAUUCCCGAAGCUGGAAAACUCAGCACGGGUGCAUCUCGGUUUCUGCCAGGAAGUAGAUAGAAUAGAAAUGCAGCCUAAUUGCAUCACCUCCGUAUUUGGCUAGUGGGUCCUAUCUUCGUGUGUUUUGUUUGUACAUGGUCAACAAAAACGAACGGCCAACUUUUGUUGUUCCUUAGUAACAUUAGAAUAAUUGCUGGUACCAGUGAUGAAUUUGGCCGGAACAAAAACCUCAAUUCAGGCAGAAACUCUUACGUUGUUUGUGAAUUGAUGAAGAGUCUUCACGUAAUGAAAUAAGAUUGAUUUAUGGCUGGAUUA